AUGUCAAUGGUUACUGAGUUGCAGGUGGCAGCCUGCAUGGUAGCCUUGGCCACCAGCACCUCAGGUGACAUGCCUGCCUGCCAGCUGCAUAACGCCAGCUCCAGCCUUCCACAGGAGGAGGCAGAGACCAGCACUCACAGCUCCCUGAAACACGCAGAGACAAUAGAAAAGAGGGAGCUCCGCUUGAUGAAGAACAGGGAAGCUGCCCGAGAGUGUCGACGAAAGAAGAAGGAAUAUGUCAGAUGCCUUGAAAAUCGCGUGACCGUGCUCGAAAAACAAAACAAGACUCUGAUUGAGGAGCUCAGAACCUUAAAAGACAUCAACAAACACAAAGACGAGUAAUUCCUCUGAUUGCACACGCUGUGUUGGGCUGCUUCUGUGGGGUGUCUUGAGGACUACGGUCUUGCUUAAACAGACACAUAAACACACACUCACACAAAACACUCCCUGUGCUUGCAGUAAAAUGUGUUUACACAAUGAAGUCAAAGUUUCUGGCUCUGAAGUAUCCAAUGUGCCACCACCAGCAAAAACAAGAACCUAGUUUCAGGUCAGGGUAUCAGUGAGUAUUACAAGAAACUAGUGUCCCUUUGAACAGAGCUGCUGCCAGACGAUGCAGGGUCAGAGAGAACGAAUACGUGGAUCAAAUGAAGACUCGAAUUGCUGCACUGGAGGCAGAGAAUCCCUGGCUGAUGGCUGCGCUGCAGCACGGGAAGAAGUCACUGUUUUAACUCCACUGCAUUUUGCAUUCCUUUAUGAUCCGUUUUAUAAUUUGGCUCUAUUAAAACACUGUAUCAGCUGACAGUCUUUGUGAUGGUCAGUUUUGCUACGGGGAUUUGUUCAGGAAAUGCUGCCAGAGGCCAAGAGUUCAAAGGGAAUCAGGUCAUCAGAUCAUCAGGGCUCCAUGUAGCAAUGUUUGUGUUAUAUUUUAUUCCACUUCAGAAAUCUUGAUGCAAGCAAACUACCAGGAAUUAACAGCCACUGCAUUUUAUCACCCAUCUUCCUUUUUGGUAUUUAAAUGUCUCUGAGAUCUGUUGUGCAUCUGUAUGAGGACUUAUCUGCUUCUAACCUGUGGCAUUAGUAUUAUUUGAGCAGGAUUACCCUGUGUAUUUUCAAUAUUUUUUAAUAAAAGUGCAUAGUUUGUACCAAAAAAAAAAACAACAACAAAAAAGUAUUUAUCUUAAUAUGAAGGAGUGUAUAUUUAGUGAUCAAAUACAGGCGUUUGUGGAAUUGUAUUAACGUUUCUGUUUUGACUCUACUGUUUUUUUGCUGUCUUUUUUUGUUGCUGAAUUUAGAAGUUAUUUAUGUAACCAUCAUUUUGAAUGUGGUUAAAUAGAAAUCCUGCUUUUUAACAGUCUUCUCUGUUGGUGCUUUAUUUCUUCUCUGAAACACCGUAGCUGUUGUCUUGCUAUGAUCUCACUUUAUUUAAAGGUCAGAUAGACAUUUUUUAAAUGUAUUUGCUUCAAUAAAAAAUAUCUUGCACAA